AUGCAAGCAGAUCUACAGGAGGCCGUAGAGUUUCCACUGAUAACUGGAAGAAUGUUAGCGAAACAAUCAAGGAUUGAGCACUCCUGGAGCUCGUGGAACCUGGGAGAUUCCAACUAUUCCCUCUUCAUGGAGACCGUUAUCGUGCGAACAACCAUCUUUCGUACUAUUAUUAGCAACAGCAAGUACUACUACUACUUUGUUAGAACUCUUCGCGUGGUAAAAGCGCAAGUGGAGGUGGAAGUGGAGAUUCCCCGGGAGACCCCAAUCGGGCAGCCGCUGUCACGGGGUACAGGACGGAAAUACACCGAGUCCGGAUCCGCCGGCCUCUCGGAUUUGGAGAAACAGACGAUGUUGAUCAACCUCGACAUAGUACUCGGCGUUCAGAUCUCGUGUCUCCUGAUGUUUCCGAGGUCAUCGUCUGAUGAACGGCGUCAUAUGCCAAAAGAAUCCCGAUCCCGAUACCGAUGGGGACUCUCGGUGAGAUAA